AUGUCGAAUUCUAGCAAUAAAUCCAUCGUUGUGAGACAAGUUUUUGCUGAAGAUUUGGACAGUGAACUUUUGAUGAUUAAGGCAGCAAUUUUGAGGUAUCCUUUUGUAUCUAUAGAUAUUGAAUUUCCGGGGACGAUAUUUAAACCUAGUAAGCAAAUGAUCCGUGAAGGCAAUCCGAUUAUCAAUUAUCACUACAUGAAGUUGAAUGUUGACGCGCUUCAAAUUAUUCAGCUCGGCUUGAGUCUUUCAAAUGCUCAGGGUAAUUUACCGAACUUUGAUUCUCCCUUUUCUUACAUUUGGGAAUUUAAUUUUAAAGAUUUCGAUAUCAAUCGAGACCGUUAUGCUAGCGAUUCGAUCGAGCUGCUCAAACGUCAAGGGAUAGAUUUUGAGAAGAAUAAAGAGAAAGGGAUUGAUUCUAAAGAUUUUGCAAAGAAGUUUUGGGAUUACGGCUUGCUUUUCAACUGCUAUGGUCUGAAAAGUAUUACCUGGAUUACUUUUCACGGCAUUUAUGACUUCGGAUUCAUGCUAAAGAUUCUUACUCAAAGUCCACUGCCUUUGCAUCUUCACUCGUUCGUGCAUCAAUUGGCUUAUUUCUUUGGCUACAACAUUUUCGACCUCAAAUACACCUUCAAGUUCUUGGGGCUGCUAGGCGGUUUAGAGAAAAUAGCUCAAGCAUUAAAUGUGGCUCGUAUUACCGGAUCAAGUCAUCAAGCCGGGUCGGAUAGUCUACUCACGCUUCGAUGUUUUAUGAAGCUCAAGAAUACUGAAGUAGGCGACUUGGAUGCAAAGCAGGAAGCAUUGGGGUUCUUGGACUACUGGGGUUUGAUUAACUUUCAUCCAGGUGAUUCUGCGGUGGUGAUUGAAUCACGCCCAUCAGUUGUUCCCAAAGCUAACCUUUCAACUCCAUGCAUGCCAUCUGGGUUUCUUCCAGAGUCUGCAGUUCUUGAUGAUUUGUUGAGACUUGAGGGACCAUUUGUUGAUUACCAUUGCAACUCUUGUUCAGCUGAUUGCGCUCGGAAGCGCUACCAUUGCCAGAAGCAGUUUUAUGUUCCUAAGAGAGCAAGAGGGAAUUCUGUCCCUAAAGAUGUCUCUGAAGCAGCAGAGACUAAGACAAUUUCUCAGUAA